CUGGCAGCUGUUUCCGGGUCACGUGGGAGGCAGAUCCAUGUGGGUUACUCCAGAGGGCAGAGAGUGAGCUCAGAGGGAACAGAACCGAUCAGCAGAGACCAUGCAGGCCGACUCCAUCCUUCACAGCGGGUAUUUCCACCCCGUCCUGCGAGCGUGGCAGGCGUGCGCCACCAGCCUCGAUGCCACCAAUCUCAUGUACCCCAUUUUCGUCACAGACAGCCCGGAUGCCGUGGAAGUGAUCGCCAGCCUCCCCGGACAGGCCAGGUACGGGGUUAACAAGUUGGAGGAGAUGCUGCGCCCUCUGGUGGCCGACGGUUUAAAAAGCGUUCUGAUCUUCGGCGUUCCGAGCAAAGUGACCAAGGACGAUCGGGGCUCCGCAGCGGAUGCAGAAGAUACGCCGGCCAUCCAGGCCGUCCAGACGAUCCGCGCGGCUUUCCCUGAGCUGCUGAUAGCCUGCGAUGUCUGCCUUUGUCCCUACACCUCCCACGGACACUGCGGGAUCCUCAGGGAAGAUGGCACCAUUCAGAAUGAACUCAGUUGCGAGCGAUUAGCCGAGGUGGCCCUCGCUUAUGCCCGUGCAGGAUGCCACGUGGUGGCCCCGUCGGAUAUGAUGGACGGACGCAUUGGCGCCAUAAAGAAGGCUUUGAUUUCCAAUGGACUGGGAAAUAAGGUGUCGGUCAUGAGCUACAGCGCUAAGUUUGCCUCCUGCUUCUACGGACCGUUUAGGGACGCAGCUUUGUCCAAACCGGCCUUUGGAGACCGGAAGUGUUACCAGCUACCCCCAGGAGCACGAGGACUGGCCAGCAGGGCGGUGGAUCGGGAUGUCAGGGAGGGAGCGGACAUGCUUAUGGUGAAGCCUGGAAUGCCGUACUUGGACCUGGUCAGAGAAGUCAAGGACAAGCACCCUGCCUUACCGCUGGCCGUGUACCACGUUUCCGGUGAAUACGCCAUGCUGUGGCACGGAGCCCAGGCUGGGGCAUUUAACCUCAAGGUUGCCGUGCUGGAAGCCAUGACGGGCUUUCGGCGAGCAGGAGCGGAUAUCGUUAUAACUUAUUACACCCCCCAACUCCUGAAGUGGAUUAAGGAGGUGUAAGGGGACCCUCUGAGCGCAUGUGCCGACCUCCCCGAGGCACUGCUUCCAUCCCCUGCCCUCCCCUGAAGCUACUUACAAAUCCUU